AUGGUGUUCAAGAACAACCCGGGAUUCGUCUUCCAUGAUUCACGUGGUUUCGAGGCAGGCGGCGUAUCUGAAUUUGAAAAGGUCAAGGAAUUCAUCGCGAGCCGCUCCAAGGAAAAGAAAAUAACAAAUCAACUACAUGCUAUAUGGUACUGCAUCCCAAUGGACGAGGCAGCUAGGUCGUUCACUGCAGCUGAAAAUAAGUUUUUCUCUCAAUGCGACACAGGAAGCAUUCCAGUCAUCGUAUUGUUCACCAAAUUUGAUGCCCUAUACGACGUCGAAUACGCAAAGCUAAAGAAGGAAGGAAGAUCUCGGAAAGACGCCAAGGAACUGGCCCCGAAACAAGCUGAAGAGUCAUUCCCUAACGGGCCACAACUGAAGUUUCUCAAGGAUGUGCGAUGGCCUCCAAAAUGUUAUGUAUGCCUUUCUAACAUGGAGAAGGAUGAUGCAGAUUGCAAGACACUCAUCGAGCGCACGGCUGGAGCUCUGGAUAAUGAAGUGCUUCAGCAAUUAUUCGUCUCGACCCAGCAAACCAACUUGGAGAUCUGCAUGAAAUAUGCAGUUGAGCGAACACUCUCAGAACAUUUUGACUCUGCAAAGACAACAACAUCUGAGGGUUAUGAGAGGAUAAUAGGGAUACUGGGCGCCUGGUUUCCACACAUUUGGUACGUGUGUCGAUUCUCGUUCGAGCAACAGCAAGCUGAUCCAAGUCGUUUCCCACCGUUCGCAUAUGUGAGUGUGUCGAUCCUGGUUCGAGCAACAGCCACGCUGAUCCAAGUCGUUGCCCACCGUUCGCAGUAUGUGAGUGUGUCGAUCCUCGUUCGAGCAACAGCCACGCUGAUCCAAGUCGUUGCCCACCAUUCGCAGGAGGAGGUGAGUGUGUCGAUCUUCGUUCAAGCAACAGCCAUGCUGAUCCAAGUCGUUGCCCACCGUUCGCAGGGGCCCCUAUCCCGCCUGUACACCGUCAUUAGAAGACUUACCGACUCAACGGAGACUCGUAGAGACGCCUAG